AUGCGAUCAGAAAUUCCCAAGGCUAUAUUGGCCUUGAUCGGCAGCACGACUGCCUGCAUACACGGUGAUACUCUCCAUGCUCGUCGGCUUGGACCAAGUCUUGACUGGUCAACUCAAUAUGUGCCUGCCAUGUUCAGGAGGCAGAACCAACAGAAUCAAGUCAACAUCUUCUUCGGCCGCAUUCAAAAUGUCGGAGCUGAGAUAUAUGGCUGCUACGCAGGUGGUUCUGAUGAUGCCGACAAGAUACCUCAAGGAAUUCAGCCCAGAUCCGUCAACUUGAACGGCGAGGCGUUCGAUCCAAACCUCAAUCUGGGCGUCAUGGUCUACUACAUAAAAGCAUCCCAGAACUCGGUCUUUAUGUUUGACACGUCGACGGCAAAGGUUCUUGCUGAGAGCUGCAACCAAGAGUUGCAGCAGCAAACAGGACUGGGCAUUGACAUGAUCAUCCUCAGCCAUGAGCACGGGGACCAUGUCGCCGGGCGCAAUGCAAACAGUUUGAAGCAAGUCCCGGUCAUGGCACAAUCCUCGCUCGUACAAAAAUUGGGGGCCAGGGGAGGCGAAAAUGUCCCCCUGUCGAGCGAUCAAUCCUUCACCUUCCAGAUGCAGGACGGCGUGAUGAAUGUGACGAAUGUCCAAGCCCACACGAAGCUGGGGACAGUCGCCAUGAUAAACGGAGUCGCACUUAUGGGCGACGAACUUGAAAGCACUGUCAACUUUCUUGUUAGCAGCAACACCCAGCGACAGAGCAAUCAACUGCAGAUCAGUCAAAGCAUACUGGGGGAGAAUAACAUCCAAACGGUCUUGCCAGCUCACGGCAGCGGAGCGGCCAUGUUCGCUGGACAAUUCAGCCUGCAACUUUUGCAAUCGAAUCAAAGGUACUUGGAGCUCAUGGCCACCAAUCCGCAAUCUGUCUGCCCACGAAACGGAAACGGGCGGCAGCUGGCUCAAGCCAAAGCCCAGCUCGGACGACAGAUUGGUGUCGGGGCAAGUGACAUAACAGACGCUUAUUUCGAAACCCACAUCAAUGAGAAUUGUCAGACGGUGGGUGCCAGCGCAUAA